AUGAGUACCGCCAUUGCGAUGGCACCGUCGCCAGCACCUCACGAUAGAGAUAGAUCCUCUUAUGUCGAUAUUGUUGCUCCAGCACCAUCGUCCAAAUCCCCGCCAGCGCAGCGGACCUCUGCCUCGGCGACCCCGAAUGUGUCAGCGCAGCGGACAGGGAGCACCAGUCCGAAGUCGACUCCUGCAUCGAAAGGAUCACCAACUGCAUCUCGAAAUGGUGUUCCUCCCAAAAUAAUCGUGAAAAAGGAACCACCCUCCUCGCCCGAUCUCCCAACCUCCCGCCAUAGACCACGAAAGCUCGAUCUGUCCAAAAACACAUCCUCUGUCAAUCCGGGCACCGCCAGACCUUCUGCAGGCCCAUUGACAUCAAGAGGAGAGAGUGGAGGACUCGCUAUUCAGGACGUGGGAUUGGCCUGUCUAUCCCCUGGCUUUGUAACGCAGGAUCCAACGAUGAGGGAGCAACUGCAGCGGAGUAUAUCAGUCCGAGAGCAACAAAGACACAUCAUUGAGUCGAGGUUACAACAAACAGCCAAGCCAGGCGAUGCGCCGACGGAAAGCGCAAAGGAGAGAGACUUUGGAGGCUUUGCCAAAACACCUGGCACAUCGAAAAGAAAGGCGCCUCCAGGACUGAGCAUUGUGGCACCAUCGCACGAACAAUUUGCCCAUGAGAGAGUAAUCCAAUCCGCUCCACUCAAUCAGAGUUUCACCGGACGACAUCAACCUCAUCCUUUGACGCGUCAUAUUGCGAAUCAACCGUCGAAUUUGUCCAAUACCUCGCAUAUCCACCAUGUCCCUGCAGCGCAAACAACCAACCGCUUGCCGCCCAUUACGGAUGUUUUCGCGGAGAAUGGGCUAGGUCAUCAUCGUGAAACGUCUGGGAGAGCCUCCAAUGUACAGAAUAAUUCGAGCUCGACCACAAAUUCAUCGCACUCAAAUACGCGUCCCAAUUUCCCAUCGCCAGGCCAUAGUCAACCCCAACCCCCGCAUUCAGCGCGGCCCAGAGAAUACCGGUCCGCUGAAGAUGCACAAGUUGAGCUUGCAGGCGGUCGCCCUGAACUCCUGCCGAAGCUUGUCCACUAUGGUGGCCACCAGCCUCCUACACCACCCUCACCGCUUACUGGCAAUGCCAUGAGACACGCGGAAACCAGCCGAAGCGGUGGUGCCAGGAGACGCACGAGGGCAGAAUACGAAGAGGGAGCGAGCCCACCUCUAGGAAAUGGACCGGCAACUUCUCGACGAGGACCAUUCGGCGAGGGACGUGACAGCCCAAUCACUCAACAGAAGAAGAAGGACGAAUUUAUCCAACUGUGUGCUCGAGCCUGGGAUUUAUUCCACUCGUGA